GAGCGAGUUGUAUAUCUCGGCUCGGGCGAUCAGGAAUAGCAGACCGGAGAGCCAUAUGGUCCUUCGUGGUAUCUCGAAGUUGGACUGAGCGUACCCGACUUGACUUCUGCCCACCAUGUCGACCAAGGGUCUUCUGCCACAGCCGAUCACGGGGGAGAUAGAUCACCUUCUGGCGACUAAUGAUCGUGCCAGACGAAACGCAUCAACGUUCCGUAUCAUAUUUGGGUGGGUAUUGCUAUUAACAGGUACCGUUUUCUCUAUUAUACGGCUUCUCUAUGCCCCUGCUCGAAACGAUCCCUUGUCAAAUAUACCUAUCGAUGCGGCCGAGAUCCUGGAUAAGUGUCGUAUGCUGAACGUUCAGCCCCAUACGCCUGCGAAUUUCUAUGAACGGAAGCAGUCCGAUAGGUUCCAAGCGGGUACAAACCCAACAUUGAUUACUAAUGCGACCAUCUGGUCUGGACGCUUGAACGGCCUGGAACAGUUCACAGGCGAUGUCCUGCUGGAUGGAGGUAUCAUACGGGACAUUGGUGAUAUUGACCGCGAAUUCGUAGCUCGUCUCGAUGAUCUCGUCACUAUUGAUGCAAAUGGGGCGUGGCUGUCGCCUGGAGUUGUAGAUAUGCAUUCUCAUCUUGGUGUACAUUCCAACCCCGGUCUCAGGGGAUCCAGCGAUGGAAACUCUCAUCAUGGUCCCGUCCUCCCAGUUGGUCCCUUCAUCUCGUCUCUGGGAAGAACGAUUUUAACUGUUACGCAGUGGAUGCGUGCUCUCGAUGGGCUUAAUACGCACGAUGAUGCAUAUCGUUUAAGUGUAUCUGGUGGUGUUACAACUGCUUUGGUUCUUCCAGGAUCUGCGAACGCCAUAGGCGGACAGGGACUACUGAUUAAGCUUAGGCCAACAACAGAGCGUUCGCCGACAGCGAUGACGUUGGAGAAUCCCUAUUCUACUAACACAUCCGAAUAUGAUCCUUUACAUGGGCUGCGGUGGCGACAAAUGAAGCAUGCGUGCGGCGAGAAUCCUGGUACGCUAAUUGGCACAAGAAUGGAUACGACAUGGGCAUUCCGACAAGCAUACGACAAGGCACGUCAAAUUAAGAAUGCACAGGACGCCUACUGCCAGAAAGCUUCGACCGGAAAGUGGGACGAGAUCAAAGACUUCCCAGAAGACUACCAAUGGGAAGCCUUGGUCGAUGUCCUUAGAGGACGUGUCAAAGUCCACAACCACUGUUAUGAAACGGUUGACUUAGAUGACAUGGUUCGGAUCACCAACGAAUUCAAAUUCUCGAUUGCUGCAUUCCAUCAUGCUCAUGAGACCUACCUCGUCCCAUCCACCCUCAAGUCUGCUUAUGGGCACCCACCGGCUGUUGCACUGUUUUCAACGAAGGCACGCUACAAGCGUGAAUCAUACAGAGGCUCAGAGUUUGCACCCAAGAUCUUAUCUGAGAAUGGGCUUCAAGUUAUCAUGAAGUCUGAUCACCCGGUAUUGGAUUCAAGGUAUCUGCUUUAUGAAGCUCAGAUAGCCCAUUACUUCGGACUUCCUCCAAACUUGGCAUUGGCUGCCGUGACCAGUACGCCUGCCGAAGUCAUUGGAGAGGAUCACCGUAUCGGUUUUCUUAAGAGAGGAUACGACGCAGACGUUGUGCUGUGGGAUAGCCAUCCUCUCUCUCUGAGUGCGACUCCAAAGCAGGUCUGGAUCGACGGGAUCCCACAGAUUAAAGUCCCUCAUGUCGUGGACAAGCCUGCCUUUCUUCAAAACAUCCCGAAGACGCCUGAUUUCGAACGGGAAGCUCGCAAAACUCUCGAAUACGACGGCCUCCCGCCUUUGUUACCUAAUCAUACAAGCGAAGGGACUGUAGUUUUCACGAACGUCAGUCAUGUUUAUGCCAGAAAGGGAGAUAGCAUUGUGGAAGUGCUGGGUUUGCGCAGAGGCCAUGAUAAUGGCAUCGUUCAGGUGCAGCGCGGCGAAAUAAUCUGCAUGGGCGAAGCUUCAACCUGCUUGGAACUAAAUACUACUGGAAAGCCUACCUUUGUCAACCUACAAGGUGGUUCGAUUUCACCAGGCUUGGUGACCUUCGGUUCCAACCUGGGUUUGGAGGACAUCCAAGGAGAACCGUCCACAAAAGACGGGCUUGUUCCAGCCCCACUAAUCUCAAAGGUCCCCGCCAUCGUCGGCGGCGAUGGUGCUAUAAUUAGGGCUGCAGAUGGCUUGCAGUUCUUCACCCGUCAUGCAUUGUUGGCAUAUAGAUCUGGUAUCACGACUGGCAUUGUGGCACCACAAAGUCAAGGUCUUCUGUCGGGUCUCAGCGUUGCUUUCUCCACUGGCUCGGAACAUAGGCUCAAGAAGGGUGCUGUCGUACAGAACGUCGUCGCUGUCCACGUUGCCAUAUCUCAUUCAGACAAUUUGCCUAGCGUCAGCGCUCAGGUCGCCGCAUUAAGAAAUCUGUUACUAGGAAAUGGCGAGGGUGAACUAGGAUACUGGUUCGAAAAAGUGACAAAGGGCAAACUCUCAUUGGUCGUUGAUGUCCAUAGUGCGGACGCUAUCGCCUCCCUCAUUGAGCUCAAACGCGAGAUUGAGGGAACGACCUUCCAUCCCUUGAAACUCACGCUCAGUGGCGCAACUGAAUCUUACUUGCUUCCAAGUGAAAUCUCAGACGCCGACAUUGGGGUGAUCUUGCGGCCAAUACGAUCGUUCCCGUCAUCGUGGGAGAUGAAGAGAAUUUCUCCAGGGCCUCCUCUAAGUGACGGUACGGCGUUGUCAACCCUGUUGGCACACAAGGUCACAGUUGCUGUCGGAGCUAUAGACCCUUCCCUGGCAAGACUCACUAGGUUCGAUGUCGGCUGGGCCGCUUUGACUGCUGGAAUAAGUGUGUCGACGGAGGAAGUGUUAGCUCUCGCUUCAGUGAACGUAGAGAAAUUGCUUGGUGUGAGCGGUUCUCAAUCGGGAGAUCUUGUUGCGACUCAAAGCGGCGGGCUGCUGGAGUUUAAUAGCAAAGUGGCCGCUGUGAUCUCAUCUCGGAGAGGCUUGGUUGAUAUUUUUUGAUGAAGAAACCUCUGAUAACCAAAGGGGCAACAUAUAUACCAUCUGGACUACUGUGUAGAUGGAGACACUGGAUUCGAUAACCUGCUUCAAAACUGUUGGUCACGGAUGUCAUGAGUCUCUUGUACCGUUCUGAGGGGAUGACUUGUCCAACAUGGCUUGUAUGAACUCGUAGAUAGUCGGUAGGGCGGUGUGCAAUAUUCUGAUUGGCUUUGUCUCAUCUGGAGUACGAAGAGAGUGAGCGGGUGGGCGUGAGUACCAGGAGGGCAUAUCAUACCCAUACGUAAGACGUUUCCAUGCCGUUUUAGCACUUUGCCGCUUGUGAAUACGCGAUGGUUGGCAGGGAGGAUGGCGAGUGAACGCUGUUGAUAGCCGUCAGGCGUAAGUUCCCUGAAAUGUUAUUAUGUGCCAACCUUGUGGUACCAAGUC